AUGGUCAUCACCACACCACCCCAAUCAGCAUCACAAUCGCCAACAUCACCAACGAACACCCACGUAGCGAUUCCAGGGUACAACUACUUGGCGGCCACACCGAUCACAGCCACAGCCUUCACCUACCCGCCACACGGCGUAACUCCAGAGCACCACGCACGCAUCAGCUACAUACCACGCGACAUCAUAACAGCAACCGGAAGUGCAGCUUCUUUUUUGACUUCCGCUCGUCUGGUGGCUCCACCCACACGACUUGAACUCACGCACGCCAACGGAAACAGUUUAACAGGACCAGCCGUCAUGUCGCCUGUGUUGCAAUGCGCUGCCGAGCAACAACAUUUUGUCAUACAUCAACAACCCAUCAACAUUAGAAGCAACCAGCAACAACAACUACCACAGCACAACGCUGUGGCGCUCAUCAACAGCAACAGCAGCAACAGCAAUAGCAGCAACGGUUGCAGCAACUCGCAGCGGUUAUCGCAACAGCAACAACAACCGCAACAACAUCAACUGCAACUUCAACAGCAGCAACAAGCAGCGCAGAGUUUGUUGACACUGCAGGAAUAUCCACAGGAAAGCAACGGUGUAGAUUUCGGUGUAAUAAUUAAAUUAGAAUAA